AUGGAUUUAAAUAAUUUGGCUAUGGUUUGGGCUCCGAAUUGCCUAAGAUGUCCAUCAGAUGACUUAAAAGUGAUAUUUACUAAUACACAAAAGGAGAUGGAAUUUCUAAGAACGCUAAUGCUCAAUUUAGAUACUGAAAGUGUUAAUGGUAAUUAUAAACUGAAAGAUUAUUUUUCUUUGAGACAUUCACUUCAUAUUAAUAAAACUAAGUUGCUUAUUCGUGGCGGAACUGUGGUCAAUCAUGAUCGAAGUUUUGAAGCGGAUGUCUUGUGUGAAAAUGGCAUAAUCACAGAAGUCAGGGAAGGAAUCGAAGCACCUGAUGCUGAAAUUGUCGAUGCUACCGGAAACUUAGUUAUGCCGGGUGGAAUCGAUACCCAUACCCAUAUGCAAUUACCUUUCAUGGGUACUGUUGCUGUCGAUGAUUUCUACUAUGGUACAAGAGCUGCCGUUGCCGGAGGGACAACAAUGAUAAUUGACUUCGUCCUAGGACCUAAUGGCGAACCACCAUUGCAAUCCUAUACAAAAUGGCGACAGUGGGCAGAUGAGAAAGUUUGCUGCGAUUAUUCACUUCAUGUUGGUAUCACAUGGUGGAGUGAUAUCGUUGCAGAGGAUAUGGAAAUUUUAACUAAAAGCAAAGGCAUUAAUUCCUUCAAGAUGUUUAUGGCUUACAAGGGUGUCUAUCAGUUAGAUGAUCAUGAACUAUUACAAGCCUUUAAGAGGUGCAAAGAAUUGGGAGCUUUAGCUCAAGUUCAUGCAGAAAAUGGUGAUAUUAUAGCUGAACAAUCUAAGAAAAUGAUUGAGUUAGGUAUAACCGGUCCUGAAGGCCAUGAAAUGUGCCGACCUGAAGAGGUAGAAGGAGAAGCUACCAACAGGGCAAUUGUCUUAGCAAAUCAAGUUAACUGUCCGUUAUAUGUGGUUCAUGUCAUGAGCAAAAGUGCUGCUGAUGCUAUUGUUUCCGCAAGACGGAGAGGUUGUGUCGUAUUUGGUGAGCCAAUUGCUGCUGGUUUAGGUUGUGAUGGUACAAAUUAUUGGAAUAAAGACUGGCGCCAUGCGGCUGGCUUUGUGAUGGGACCACCAAUAAGACCCGAUUCGUCAACACCGGACUAUUUAAUGAAUUUGCUAGCAUGUGGAGAUUUACAAACUACUGGUACCGACAAUUGCACAUUUUGUGCCGAACAAAAAGCUCUUGGCGCAAACGAUUUCAGAAAGAUUCCUAAUGGAGUGAAUGGAGUUGAAGAUCGUAUGUCUGUCAUUUGGGAGAAAGGAGUUCAUUCCGGUAAAAUGGAUCCUUGUCGUUAUGUGGCCGUAACCAGCACUAAUGCAGCCAAGAUAUUUAACUUUUAUCCACGGAAGGGCAUUAUUGCAGUCGGAUCUGAUGCUGACAUUGUUGUUUGGGAUCCAAAUGCGAAGCGUACAAUUUCAUCUAAAACUCAUUAUCAGGCGGUCGAUUUUAAUAUUUUUGAAGGAAUGGAAUGCCAUGGUGUUACGGUAGUGACAAUAAGUCGUGGCAAAGUGGUUUAUGAUCAUGGUCAGAUGAAGGUUGUUAAAGGUUCCGGACGUUAUAUACCCCGUCAAUGCUUUGCUGAUGCAGCCUAUAUGCCAAUCUUACAGAGGGAUAAAGUUUGCCAACCUCAAAAGGUCGAACGAGAACCGUAUACGGGCCCAGUCGUUAGUAUACCCUAAUGUAUCCACUGAAAUUACUACUCUUUCGUUGUCAUAUAGUCUCUAUUUCUAGAGAUUUUCAUCUAUCAAUGACCUUUAUUUUUUCAUUUUUUUAGUAGAGUAAAGUGUUGAUUCUCUCUUAAUGACAGCGUUAAAAGUUACACGAGUAUCGAUC